AAGCUGGAGAUAAAAUUCUGAAUUUUGGGAAGCGAGGGGCCUUCCAGGAGAUAGCACAGCCGGUAAAAAUCACUUGCAAAAACUGCAUGUGUGUUUUAAUAUUAGUCAUUUGAUAUGCUCAAAUCCUGGCUUCCCUUCAGAGAGCUCAAAAUGGUGUAUAUAUGGUUUUCUCCACCCAUCUUCACGACGGCCUUGCAAAGCAGUUCCAGAGCUUCAAAAGUGACGCGAUGCCAGUAUCAGACCCCCGGGAGGACGUGGGCCGCUGGGCCAACGUCAGUUACCGUGUGCGGCAGCCCGAGGCGACCCCCAGGAGGAAAAAGCGUUGGUUCUACAAAUGCUGCAGCUGUUGUUCCCGCCAGGAUGCGGGCGACUGGGGACCAGCCCCGGGGGAGGUCCCUGGGUCCCGCCCCCGGGAGCCUGUCAUUCGAGAGGGCAUGCUGGUCAUCAGCGGGAUUGACUUGAUGGGCGGCCGCUCCAGCAAAAACCACCGCGACCACCACACCGACGAGUACGAAUACGACAACCUCAUCAUCCGUCGCGGGCAACCCUUUGACAUGAAGCUUCAGUUCCGGCAGGACUACGACCCCGAGAACCACCGCGUCUGCCUCGAAUUUAUCACCGGCUCCAACCCACAAGUCUCCAAGGGCACCCAUAUUCUGGUCCCCGUGGGCAGCUCUCUGCCUGGCCUGGGCUGGUCAGCAGAGGCGACGGAUGUGGGCACGAACACCAUGUCCCUCCGGGUCUCCACCUCGCCCAAAGCCCUGAUUGGCAAGUACCAGUUCAGCGUCAAGACCCGAAGCAAGGCGGGCGAGUACCAGGCCCCCUUUGACCCCCGCUAUGAGAUUUACAUCCUCUUCAACCCCUGGUGCUCAGAGGAUUCCGUUUACAUGGCGCAAAAGGACUGGCUGGAGGAAUACGUUCUGAACGAAUCUGGGAGGAUCUACUACGGGACAGAGACCCAGAUCGGAGAACGGACGUGGAAUUACGCCCAAUUUGACCACGGCGUUUUCGAUGCCUGCCUCUACAUGCUGGACCGGCGUGGCAUGCCUCACGCGAGCCGUGGAGACCCCAUCAUGGUAUCCCGCGUGGUCUCUGCCAUGGUCAACUCUCUGGAUGACAAUGGGGUGCUGGUUGGGAACUGGACGGGUGACUAUUCUCGUGGCACCAACCCCUCGGCGUGGGUCGGCAGCCGAGACAUCCUCCUGAAGUAUCACAAGACUGGCUAUCCUGUCCUUUAUGGACAGUGUUGGGUAUUCGCUGGAGUGGUGACCACAGUGCUACGGUGUCUGGGCAUCGCCACGCGAACCGUCACCAACUACAACUCGGCGCACGACACGGACGUCAGCCUCACGAUGGACAUCUACUUCGAUGAGGACAUGAAGCCUAUCGAGAACCUCAACGCCGAUUCUGUCUGGAACUUCCACGUCUGGAAUGACUGCUGGAUGAAACGCCCUGACCUUCCUUCAGGGUUUGAUGGCUGGCAAGUGGUGGACGCCACCCCGCAAGAAUCCAGCAGUGGGAUUUUCUGCUGCGGCCCCUGCUCUGUGGAAGCCAUUAAGAACGGGCUGGUCUACCUAAAAUACGACGCCACUUUCUGCUUUGCUGAGGUCAACAGCGACAAGGUGUAUUGGCAGCGCCAGCCUGACAGGACGUUCAAGAUCGUCUACGUGGAGGAGAAAGCCAUUGGGCACCUCAUCAGUACCAAAGCGGUGGGUUCCCACAAGCGCCAAGACAUCACCGACAUCUACAAACAUCCAGAAGGGUCCGAAGAGGAACGCAAAGCGGUAGAAACGGCUGCCAAGUACGGCACCAAGGCCCACAUCUACAAGAACAAGGAGUGGGGAGACGACAUCUCGGUGACGGUGGAGACGGACGAGGCUUACACAGGCCAGGACAUCUCCUUGCGGGUCAUCCUGAAGAACCGGAGCGCCAUGCCUCGCAGCGUCUCCCUCAACCUCUUCGUCGCCGUCAUGUACUACACGGGCGUGACAGGCAGCAACUUCAAGCAGGAACGCCGAGAUGUCCAGGUGCCGGCGGGCGGAGCCCAGGCCGUCCCCAUGGUGGUCUCCUACCCAGAAUACAAGCCGCACUUGGUGGACCAGGGAGCUAUGAAGCUGAGCAUCUCUGGAAAAGUGUCCGAGACAGGACAAGUCAUCGCCAAGGAGCACACCUUCCGUCUGCGCACCCCGGACCUCACCCUGACGUUGCUGGGCCCGGCUAUCGUUGGGCAGGAGACCCAGGUCCAGAUUGUCUUCAAGAACCCGCUACCGACCACGCUGACCAACGUCAUCUUCCACAUGGAAGGGUCGGGACUUUCUACCCCGAACACAAUGACCGUCGGGAAUAUCGGUCCUCACCAAACGGUGACACUGCGCCAGACCUUCACGCCCCUGCGUUCCGGACGCCGCCAGCUGGUCGCCAGCUUAGACAGCCCCCAGCUCUCCCAAGUGCAUGGGGCGCUGACGAUCAACGUGACCCAGGGGCCCCCGCCAGGACCCUCAGCUUCCCCUGCCCCCGGUCGGGACUCUCCGGUUCGAGGCCUCGCCCGGCGGUCCAGCGAACGCCCGCAGUUCCCCUGCCCGGGGCUCCCCAUCGCGCCAGCCCGAUCCCCGAGGUGCCCCCAAUGCCCGGGGGUCACCUGCAGCUCCCGGGGCAGGACGAACGGGCAGACCCGUCUGAGCCACGUCUUUUGUGACCAUGGACUGUCUUAA